UGUGCCGGAGCGGCGGGGGCGGCGGUGCGUGCGCAUGACGCGGGGGGAGGGCCAGGGCCGCGCGCUCCCGGUCCCGUUGUUGUUGCCGCUGGAGGCUGCUCCGAGCCAGCGGGAUCACGGCGCCGGGAAGCGCUCGGCAGCGGCGGCCACAGCGUGCGCGGCGGCGCCUCCUGGCCUCGGCCUCCGGCCCCCGGCGCCCGGCUCCAUGCGCUAGUCCCGCGCCGCCAGCCCAGUAGUCCCGGCCCCGCCGGCCCCGCCAGCCCCGCGCGCCCGCUUGCCGCCGCCGCCGCCGCCUCCGCCGCGCCGCCCCGGGCCCGCUUCGGGCCCCACGGCUCCGAAGCCAUGAACUUCCAGGCGGGCGGGGGGCAGAGCCCGCAGCAGCAGCAGAGCCUGGCGGCUCCGGGGGGCGGCGGCGGCGGGGGCGGCGGCAGCGCGGGGGGCGGCGGGCAGUUCGGCGGCGCGGGGCCCGGGGCCGGGGGCGGCGGCGGCCCCUCGCAGCAGCUGGCCGGCGGGCCCCCCCAGCAGUUCGCGCUCUCCAACUCCGCGGCCAUCCGGGCCGAGAUCCAGCGCUUCGAGUCCGUGCAUCCCAAUAUCUACGCCAUCUACGACCUGAUCGAGCGCAUCGAGGAUUUGGCGCUGCAGAACCAGAUCCGGGAGCACGUCAUCUCCAUCGAGGACUCGUUUGUGAACAGCCAGGAGUGGACGCUGAGCCGCUCCGUACCGGAGCUUAAAGUGGGCAUAGUGGGGAACCUGUCUAGCGGGAAGUCAGCCCUGGUGCACCGCUAUCUGACGGGGACCUAUGUCCAGGAGGAGUCCCCUGAAGGGGGGCGGUUUAAGAAGGAGAUUGUGGUGGAUGGCCAGAGUUACCUGCUGCUGAUCCGAGAUGAAGGAGGCCCCCCUGAGCUCCAGUUUGCUGCCUGGGUGGAUGCAGUGGUGUUUGUAUUCAGCCUGGAGGAUGAAAUCAGUUUCCAGACGGUGUACAACUACUUCUUGCGUCUCUGCAGCUUCCGCAACGCCAGCGAGGUGCCCAUGGUGCUUGUGGGCACGCAGGAUGCCAUCAGCGCUGCGAAUCCCCGGGUUAUCGACGACAGCAGAGCCCGCAAGCUCUCCACAGAUCUGAAGCGGUGCACCUACUAUGAGACGUGCGCGACCUACGGGCUCAAUGUGGAGCGUGUCUUCCAGGACGUGGCCCAGAAGGUAGUGGCCUUGCGAAAGAAGCAGCAACUGGCCAUCGGGCCCUGCAAGUCACUGCCCAACUCGCCCAGCCACUCGGCAGUGUCCGCCGCCUCCAUCCCGGCCGUGCACAUCAACCAGGCCACGAAUGGCGGCGGCAGCGCCUUCAGCGACUACUCGUCCUCAGUCCCCUCCACCCCCAGCAUCAGCCAGCGGGAGCUGCGCAUCGAGACCAUCGCUGCCUCCUCCACCCCCACACCCAUCCGAAAGCAGUCCAAGCGGCGCUCCAACAUCUUCACGUCUCGGAAGGGUGCUGACCUGGACCGGGAGAAGAAGGCUGCCGAGUGCAAGGUGGACAGCAUCGGGAGUGGCCGCGCCAUCCCCAUCAAGCAGGGUAUCCUGCUGAAGCGGAGCGGCAAGUCCCUGAACAAGGAGUGGAAGAAGAAGUACGUGACGCUCUGUGACAACGGGCUGCUCACCUAUCACCCCAGCCUGCAUGAUUACAUGCAGAAUAUCCAUGGCAAGGAGAUUGACCUGCUGCGAACAACGGUGAAAGUGCCAGGGAAGCGCCUGCCCCGAGCCACACCUGCCACAGCCCCGGGCACCAGCCCCCGUGCCAACGGGCUGUCCGUGGAGCGGAAUAACACACAGCUGGGUGGGGGCACAGGUGCCCCCCACUCGGCCAGCAGCGCAUCCCUGCACUCUGAGCGCCCCCUCAGCAGCUCGGCCUGGGCUGGCCCGCGCCCUGAGGGGCUGCACCAGCGCUCCUGCUCCGUUUCCAGCGCCGACCAGUGGAGUGAGGCCACCAUUUCCCUGCCCCCAGGCAUGCAGCACCCUGCCAGUGGCCCAGCUGAGGUACUCAGUUCCAGCCCCAAGCUGGAUCCUCCCCCAUCUCCCCACUCCAACCGGAAGAAGCACCGGAGGAAAAAGAGCACCGGGACCCCCCGACCAGACGGCCCCAGCAGUGCUGCUGAAGAGGCAGAGGAGUCGUUUGAAUUUGUGGUGGUGUCCCUCACCGGGCAGACGUGGCACUUCGAGGCCUCAACAGCAGAGGAGCGGGAGCUGUGGGUUCAGAGCGUGCAGGCCCAGAUCCUUGCCAGCCUGCAAGGCUGCCGCAGCGCCAAGGACAAGACUCGACUGGGGAACCAGAACGCAGCUCUGGCUGUGCAGGCCGUCCGCACUGUUCGCGGCAACAGCUUUUGUAUCGACUGCGAUGCACCCAAUCCAGACUGGGCCAGCCUGAACCUGGGUGCCCUGAUGUGCAUUGAGUGCUCAGGCAUCCACCGACACCUGGGGGCUCACCUGUCCCGGGUGCGCUCCCUCGACCUCGAUGACUGGCCUCCUGAGCUGCUGGCUGUCAUGACUGCCAUGGGCAAUGCCCUCGCCAACAGUGUCUGGGAGGGGGCCUUGGGUGGCUACUCCAAGCCAGGGCCUGACGCCUGCAGAGAGGAGAAGGAACGCUGGAUACGGGCCAAGUAUGAACAGAAGCUCUUCCUGGCCCCACUGCCAAGCUCAGAUGUGCCGCUGGGGCAGCAGCUGCUCCGGGCCGUGGUGGAAGAUGACCUGCGGCUGUUGGUGAUGCUCCUGGCACAUGGCUCCAAAGAGGAGGUGAACGAGACCUAUGGGGACGGGGACGGGCGGACGGCUCUACAUCUCUCCAGUGCCAUGGCCAACGUUGUCUUCACGCAGCUGCUCAUCUGGUAUGGGGUGGACGUGAGGAGCCGGGACGCCCGGGGCCUGACUCCACUGGCGUAUGCUCGCCGGGCUGGCAGCCAGGAGUGUGCAGACAUCUUGAUCCAGCAUGGCUGCCCUGGGGAGGGCUGUGGCUUAGCGCCUACCCCCAACAGAGAGCCUGCCAAUGGCAGCAACCCCUCUGCUGAGCUGCACCGUAGUCCUAGCCUCCUGUAAGGCCCAGGAAGAGGGCAGAAGGGCCAGAAGGACUCCAUGGCCCGAAGACCCUCCUCCCUGCAGGCACUGUGGGAACAGACACAGAGAUGGAGAAGCAGGAACAUGCUGAGAGGACAAAGCAGAGGAAAUUGGGGAGGAGAGUCAAAGGGAUCAAGGAGAGUUGGGGAUUUGAGCUGCAGCAGAGAGGGAUGAGGGAUUUAGCCCUCUGCCCUAAGGUGCCAUUGAAAAGGGACAGGACCCUUCGGAGGUGCCUGUGAGGAGAGGGGAGCAGGACCUCUCCCUCCUCCAGAUCCCUGCCUCCUAGUGCCAGCCCUUCACACGCCUUCAUCCUGAAACAGGAGGAGGACGGCACAGGUUGGGGGUGCUGGAUGAAAGAGACAAGGGGUGAUCUGUGAGUCCCAUGUAAACUUUGUACAUUGGAAUAUUUAUGUUUAUGUACAUAUUUGAUGUGUGUGUGUAUGAUGAGCCAAUAAACCAGACUGCGUGGC